AUGGAAACUUGUCCAAGCCUUACCAGAAUUGUUAGAUCCAAUAUCUUGUCAGCUAUAGCCAAUGACUCAAGAAUUGCAGCGUCUCUCUUGCGCCUUCACUUCCAUGAUUGUUUUGUCAAUGGAUGCGAUGGAUCAGUACUACUCGAUGAUACAGACACUCUAAAAGGAGAGAAAAAUGCAUUGCCUAAUCAAAAUUCGUUAAGAGGAUUCGAUGUAAUAGACAAAAUAAAGUCUGAUUUAGAGAGUGCUUGUCCAUCCACAGUUUCAUGUGCUGAUAUACUUACUCUAGCAGCAAGAGAUGCUAUAUAUCUAAGUAAAGGGCCAUUUUGGGCUGUACCUCUCGGUCGUAGAGAUAGCACAACAGCGAAUGAGAGUGAAGCAAAUAACUUGCCAUCACCCUUUGAGCCUCUUGAAAACAUUACUGCUAAGUUUGUUUCCAAAGGGCUUGAAAAGAAGGAUGUAGCAGUGCUCUCAGGUGCACACACAUUUGGCUUUGCUCAAUGUGUUUUAUUCAAGUCAAGACUCUUCGACUUUGGUGGCUCUGGUAAACCCGACCCAUCACUUGAUUCGUCGCUUCUACAAAAUUUACAGAAAAUAUGUCCAAAUCAAGCUGAUUCUAAUACCAACUUGGCCCCGUUGGAUCCUGUCACUACAAAUAUAUUUGAUAACACAUAUUACAAAAAUGUUUUGAGCAAUAAUGGGUUACUUCAAUCAGACCAAGCACUUUUGGGUGAUAAUAUUACUUCUUCGUUGGUUAACAAUUAUAGCAAGUGGCCUAUUUUGUUUUUCAGAGACUUUGCUGUUUCUGUUGAGAAAAUGGGUCGUAUUGGUGUUCUUACAGGACAGCAGGGUCAAAUAAGGACUAACUGUAGGGCUGUUAAUUAG